CCCUGACAGUCAGAAGUAAAACGAAUGUGUGAAAACAUUCAGUCAGUGAGAGUUUUGCUCUUGUGAUCCUGAGAUCAGGAGAUGAAUGAAGACGGUGGAUGACUGAACUUCAGCUCUUCUGACCCUUUUGGGGUCCCGUACAGAAGCGCGUCUGAUGGUUAUGAAGCAGCGACGCUUCAGCCGCCGCUCAGAACACACAGCGGAGUCCGAGCAGCAGGUCACAGAGGAUCCGAACCCCAACACCCGGAGCUGCUCUUGUCUUCUAGGCUGCUGGAUUCAUUGUUUCUGUGCCUGACGGACUUUUUUUCCAGCUGAUCAGAGAUAAUUAAGGAUAAAAUGGACAAAGUCGCGGUGCUGCUGGCACUUUUUACGUUGUUAUUGCAGGGCGUUCCGGUCACUUCCGUCACGGUGAGCACGUCCAGGCCGAGAGUCGAAGCGCAGGAAUACUCAGACGCUCUCCUGUCCUGCGAGUUCAAGACGGAGAGAGAUCAAAACCCUCGCAUCGAGUGGAAGAAGAAAGACAAGGAGGUCUCCUUCGUCUACUUUCGGGGGAACUUCACAGGGCCUUUCCAUGGACGCGCCAAGAUCGAGGGCGCGACGGUGACGCUGCGGAGGGUGACGCUGAAGGACGCGGGGGAAUAUCGCUGCGAGGUCAGCGCCUCCGAUGACUCGGUCAAGCUCGGGGAGACCAACAUCACUCUCACCGUGUUGGUACCUCCACACACCCCGUACUGCGAGGUCCCAGGCUCGGCGCUGACGGGCUCGACGGUGGUGCUGCGCUGUCAGGACCAGUACAGCAUCCCGCCCGCUGUCUACACCUGGUACAAAGACAAGAAGCAGCUAAAACCCGCACACCAUGCCAACGCCACUUACAUGGUCAACAGGGACACCGGCAUCCUGACAUUCCAAACCAUUACGAAAGCCGACGCGGGACAGUACUACUGCGAGGCCAGGAACGGCGUGGGCCAGCCGAAGAGAUGCGUAGGAAAUCACAUGAACAUCGAUGACCUCAACCUCUCGGCCAUCGUAGCGGCUAUAGUGGUGGUGUGCCUGAUCGUUUCACUGUGUACUCUCGGCGCUUGUUAUGCCCACCGGCAGGGCUACUUUAACCGACACCGGGGGAGGUCAUUCUGGAUCGCACAGUGUCACGGCGUGGCUCACAUCAGCAGCCAGAACCUCAACAGAACAGAGGACAUUCCCCACGCUGGCUAUGGUCCUGCUUCACAAAGUGCUCAGGACUUCAAACACACCCAAUCCUUCAUGCUCUGA